AAAAAUAUGGCCACUUUUAUGCUCGGCGUCUUAUUUUAGGAGGAGCCAUAAUGAACGAUGAAGAGUAUACUAAAAAUUCAGCUAUGUUGAUUACGGUUAGAAUCCGGACCUAUUGUGUCCCUUCUAAAGCCAAACUUACUAAAGCACAAGGUGGAGUCGAAAUUGCUGCAAACAUUCUUGAGUUUGAAGUUAAUGCUGUUCAUGAUAAAAAUGAUAUGCACAACAAUUAUAAUAUACAUAAAAAUAACUUCGAAACAAUCGUUGGCGGAGACGAUUCUCAAAAUGACAAAGAUCUUUGGAUACAAUCUCUUAAUGAUGCAACUAAAUGGAAAAUAAUUGGAUAUGAAAAUGUCUACUCAUUAUUUGAAUUAUUAGAAGAUGAGUUGAAAGAAAAAGUGUUGAGUGUAAUGGGACACCAAAUUUUAGAUG